AUGAGUUCUGAAGUGUCUGUUGAUUCAAAGUCAGUUUCUCAAGCAGGAAAUGUGUUUGAGGAAGUUAUGGGCGAUCUCUCGAAAUUGGACAAAAGCAAAACACAUGAAAUUGCUUCCAAAGAAAAAUUAAUGACAAAACUCUUCGACGAACUGAAAACAACAAAAAGUGACGACUUUGGGAAAAAGUUAUUUGAACUCGUACAAAACAGCGAGGCGCAAGAAGUUACACGACUCUUCAUACCGAUACUUGUAUAUCGAUAUUUAUGUUCGCCAACACCAUAUAUAAUGGCUGCCACUCUCGAAAUAUACAAUUCAGUCAUUAAACAAACAACAACUCAAAUAUUCAAUUAUCCAUUCAUGUCAAACCCUUCUGUGUUUUAUAAACCAGUUGCGAACAAGUCAGUAGGAAGACUUACAAAGCAAAGUCUGAGUGUAUUAGAAGUUGUCAAGAAGCAAGAUACACUGAGAGCAAAGUCUAAAGCACAUGCCUCUCUUGUGUUGAGUGUUGAAGAAAUUGAUGCUAUGCUUGCACUUUUAAUUAGAGACUUUUCACAAGUGCUUGUGGGGUGCAAAGGCUUUGUUGUUGAGAACUAUUUUUCGUCGAUCAAAGAGUUACUUGGAUAUAUGAAAAAGCACCAGUCACCACUCCCAAAUUAUUUAAGUGUCGAAAUUGCAAUGUCACUCUCUUAUCUGGUCGAUGUCACAAACACUUCCAUUCAAGACAUCGUCGAAGAAACUUCAACAUUUGCAGAAGAGUUCUUCAACUUCCCUAUGCUCCUCAUUUUGACGCAAUUUAAAGAGUUCUUAACCGUUUUUAAAGCGCAGUCUUGA